GGUCAUCAUGUUAAUCUAACACCUAUUGCUACAUUUUAUCAGGUAUAUUUAACAAGAAGUCUAGUUUCACUUCCAUUAAACUGCUCAGGACAUCAAGAGCCGUCCUGCUCACACUGUGUUGGUCAGAGAGGAAAAAUCACAGAUAUGUCUGUCCUGCAGGAGUUCAGCUCAAAUGUAAGAAAUAUAAAACAGAUGGAGUACUUUGUUUUGUUCAGGCGGACCAACCAGAUAAAGGAGGAGCUCAGACAGGGAGUAAGAAAGUCCUACAGAGAGGUGAUUGAUGUCUCCUGGGGUGACCCACACAGGGCAGGUGUGAAACCUCUUUCUUUUGUAAGACAGGUUCUUGCAGCUUGUCUCUACCCUCAGCUUAUGGAUGGAGACAAGCUGAUGGUGGAUGUCAAGCAGAGGGCUCAGCGGCUGCUGAAAACAUGCGCGGGAGGGAGUGUAGGUUCUUACUCUGACGCAGCAGGAAUACCACAAAUAAUUCAGAGCGUCUCCGAAUACAUUCUGAGACGGGAUGGAGGGAUUCCAUGUCACCCUGAAAACAUUUACAUCACCCCAGGCUCACAGUGGGCACUCACGAACAUUUUAAAGGUCUUGGUGAAUUCUGAGGCCUCACCCAGAACUGGAGUGCUGAUCCCAGUGCCGUGCCACUCCACCACGAUUGUAUCCCUAACGGCUCUGGGAGCGGUGGCGGUUCCCUAUUACCUCAGUGAGGAGCGGGGCUGGGCGCUGGAGGUGGAGACGCUGCAGCAAGCUUUGGACUCUGCAAAGGGAGUUUGCAACCCGGUUGCUCUGUAUAUCAUCAACCCUGGGAACCCAGCCGGUUAUGUUCAAAGCAGGAAAUGCAUUCAAGAGGUGAUCCAUUUUGCUGCAGAGAAGAAGCUUUUUCUUCUAGCUGAUGAGGUGUAUCAGGACUGUGUUUAUGGGAAGGAAAGUGAGUUUGUCUCUUAUAAAAGAGCUCUGGCUGAGAUUGGGGCUCCUCUGUCCGACACAGUGGAACUAGCAUCCUUCCACACGGCCUCAAAAGGCCUCAUGGGAGAGUGUGGUCUACGUACUGGGUACGUUGAGCUUGUGAACCUUGACCCUGCCGUAAUGAAGUACAUCAACAAUCUAUUCUCCACCAACUCCUGUCCCGUUUUGGGACAGGUUGCCUUGGAUGUGAUGGUGAAUCCUCCACAACCAGGAGACCCCUCAUACCCUCUCUAUUUGAAGGAGACACAGCACAUCAGGGCCUCGUUAGCUGAAAACGUGAGGAGGGUGGAAGAAGUCAUCAACAGCUUCCCUAGUUUUAGCUGCCAAUCACUGGAAGGAGGAGCAUUUGCAUUCCCAAGAGUGUUUCUUCCACCCAAAGCCAUUGAGAAAGCCAAGGAGGCUGGACUGCAACCAGACACAUUUUACUGCAUGAGACUUCUGGAGGAGGCAGGAGUGUUGUUUAGUCCUGGGACUGAAUAUGGACAAAUGGAGGGCACCUACCACAUCAGCUUUUGCAUCAUGACCCCCACAGACACCAUGGAAGAAAUACUGAAACGUUUGAGCACCUUCCACAAACAGUUUAUGAGGGAGUUUGCAUGAAAACAGGAAACGGUCUCUUCUGACAUCGCAGUCAGUAAAAAUAACAAAACUCAUGACUUUAUAUUGGCAAGCCAUUUUGUUGUUUUAAUAAACCUGACAAUGUUCACAAUUUCAA